GUGUACUUUACAAGGUCGUCUCUUUUACAGUAUUUUGCAAGGUUUUUGAGUAUUAGGUAGCAAGUGUUUGUGUACUGGUAGCAGUUUUCACAUGAAUUAUGGGUCAGUUAGACCAGGUAUCACUGUCAAGCUUGGCAAGCGGAUUAUUGAUCCAAGGCACUACAAAAUUUUGCACGGUGUACCCGUCGGAAUAGAAGCUACAGAAUACUUACAGUUCAGUGUUGAUGAUCUCGGUAAGAUUAAUUUAAUCUUUCCUAAUUUUUUGAUAUAAAUGGUGCUGAGGUUUAUAGUUUCAUAUUAUUGCCGGACUGUUUUUCUUGCCGUGAUCAAACAGGUAUAGAAUUAUGUCAGAAUGGAUUGUUUUUAAAGAGCUUUUGCUUUUAACUAACCAGUAUUCACUCUUCGCACUUCUAAUGUUGGGUGCCGUUGAUUUUUUUUCAGACCUCAGAGUUAUUUUUUUAUUUUUCCGGCUUUCUUCAAAAGUAAUAGCUCUCGAAAUGCCUAGGCAGAUAUUACUUUACUAUCAUCCUGCUGCAUUCACUGUCGGUUUGGUCGUAGGAAAUAUACAAGCCUUUGGUUUUCUCUUUUUAUAAAACUAAAUACAUUACUUUACGGUCUCAUCAAGAGUAAAUCCUGUUGAAGUGUGAAGGUUUAACCUGAAAAAGUUACCUGAGGUCUUUUCCAUCUCAUAGGUUUUCAUCGAAUAAACACAGCACUAUCCAAGUCUAUGCAGGUUUUAUUUAGUUUAUCAUCUAACUUAUGGGCAGCGAAGGAAACAUUUUGUAAAGCUGCAGCUUUGGUGAUACUUCGCUGAAACCCAAUGUGAAAGAGACUCAAUCAAAUUACUUUUGUUCUGUUAUAUUAUUGUGACGACAAUUUCAUUGGUUUCUUAGGAAUACCCUCCUGUAGAAAAAGUCACCCUAAAAAUAUAAGACUAGUUUGUUAUAGUUCUAAAAUUGUACCAUGAUUUAGAAGUGGACUACAUUUUAUCUUGAACUAUAUAAAAUUGAAAUUAAAAGGUGAGUUUUUAUCUACUUGUAAAAAAUUAAGAUUAUUGUGAUGUGUACUGAGUAUCCAAAGUUCGACCUCGAUUAAUUCUUGAUACGACGUAACUCAGCUGCUGUUUUUGUUAUUGUCAUCGUCAAAUAAACUUAAUGUUUUAAAGGGAGAUAGUGCAAACUAACCAAAAAAUAAAACAAGCAUUUUAUAAUCUGAAAAAUAGCUUUUUUAUACAUAUACGAACACAACUCGGCGAUGAAGUAUCAAUAAUUUGUUCUUCGAACUGGUCGAUGUGAACAACUAGAUACUAAUUUGAUUAAGAUAACGUGUGAAUCUUGGGUAAGAAAGCAGCAUGUGUGGAAAGUUUUUUUUGUAAACUUAUAACUCAAAUCAGUCCGUAUGUAUGUAUGAAUUAAAUCGGUCAACAAAUAGAGGAUGUUUACAUACGUGUUCAGACUCAAUUAAAGAAAUUUGGGGAUGCCAGGGAAAUCAGGCUAUUUUAUGAUUGCUAACCUAACACUUAAAUUACUGGACUACAGCUGUAUAGUAGUAACCUCGCAUAUCACACUUAUAUUUCACUGUAGUUCUUGGUAAUAUCAACAGUAGGAAAAUAUGGUCUGUAGACAGUCAAAUAAUUGACUAAUCAACUCAAAUGCAAUUCAGUUACUAAUUACUCCAACGUGAUUGAGUCAAAUAGUCACUUAUAACUUCAUCUGUUGAUUUCGUCUUGUUUUAUCUUUUUCAACGAAACAUCUUAUCCAGUAACUUCCGAUAUGUCAACUGCAAGUUCACAUGUAAUACCCACCCUGAACUCGGGUGGAUUUUUGCCACCGAAAUUCUACCAUGAUAAAAUUCACCCUUUUCACACUUCUGACGUAUAUCCCAAAGCUUGUUGGUUUUAUGAUCGUUAUGCUAAUUCGACAAAUACAAUACAACUUCAAUCGUCAUGCUGUCAUGUGGUUCGUUUAAAUGGUCUCAUCAGGUCUGUAAGCAUGGAGCAUUUAAGAUGCUUAAAGCAAACUUCUGUAGACUAUUCACAGCAAGCAAAUCGUCUAAAAAAUUCAUUUAUAUCUUGUGAUCGGUUAAACACAACACCAUUUACAGAUGCAAACAUUCCAGUUGGAUCACGUUCAUCCGGAGAUGGUCAAACAGAGGAUGAAGAGGAAUUAAACGCAGUUAAUUACCGGAUUACUUCUGACAUUCAGUCAAAAAUCAAUUCUACUUAUUCAAAUUCUUCAAAUGAAGUGAACGUUUUGCUAGGUUCUCAUUCCAAAUUAGGUUCACCGUCAACUUCUUUUACACACGAUCAAAUUAAUACUAAACAUCUACUUCUUCCAGGUCGUUCCUCUUUUGAAAAACAUUUAGUUCGAGAAGUAGCGUACUUUGAAAUAUGUGAAUUUUUAAUUGAACAAAUAGAAGAAAUUUAUGAUAUGGAAAAUUACGAGCUUUUGAAUUCUAUGUACAACGAAAAAUAUAAGGACAAAUCUUUACAAAUUCUUACUGACCUUCAGGUUCGCAAGUCAAAUAUUUUACCUUCAAGUCUACUCUCGUCACAUAUGACUUUGGUGGAUGUUACUGACCAAAAUUUACAUAAUCCAUUGAUCAAUUCAAUAUUGCAUAGUCAAUCUAGAGAAACAGAUUACUGCGAGCAUUGUGUAGAUAGCGCCACUGGACUGGCAGUUUCACUAAUUAAUACGUGUAUACAAGAAACUGCUCAAAACGAAAAACAAGAAGUGAUUUUGUUUAAAUUUUUAAAACUACAAGAACUACUUCUCACGACUUGUGAUAUUAACUGGGUUCGUUUAAAUCAAAAGUUUAUUGAAUCGCCGAGACCAACGAGGUUUAAUUGUGAUACUAAAUUUCAAAACUUUUCCAGAAAUAAUUGGCUAUCAAGUACAUCUAGUGAUUCAAUACAACUGGAUUCUCAGGGAAGGUGGAACAAAUUUCAUCAUUUGACUUCAUUAUCUCCGUCGACUAAUUCAAAAAGAGCUAUGAAAUCAAUCUCACAAUCUGAUUAUUCCCCAUCAGUGUUAACUUCAUCUAGUUCAUUUGGUAGUCAUACAACAACACUUUCAAAACCUACCAUAAAUAAACUAAGUAAUAAUUCAACUAUUAUCAUGGAUACACUUUUAAAGAAUGAUAAUAGCAAUAAUAAUGAUAGUCAUGCUAAUAAUAGGUCGUCGAUUUCUUUAAUUAAAGAUUUUCAAUUAUCGGGUAAAAUUAGAUCCGAUAAUCAAGACUAUCCUACAUCAUCAUUGUCACUGUCAUCAGCGUUUGGCUGUACACCUUUACCAUAUGGAUUAUUGAUCAAUCCACCUAUCCAAAAAUCUAAACGUAAAGGAGUUCUCGUUAGUCAAAAUAACCGAUGCGCCGGUUGCGGUGCCUUCAUUGAAACGCGAUAUCUUAAAAGAAUGCGUUUUUGUGAAUUUUUCGGUCGUUACUUUUGUUGUGUUUGUCAUUCGAAUACACUUAUGACUCUUCCUGGGAAUUUAGUAACCUGUUGGGAUUUUCGUAUGUUAUCAGUCAGUAAUUUCGCACGAGACAGACUUCGUCAGCUGCAUAAUAAACCUUUAUUAAGGACAAUCGAUUUUAACAAACAAGUUUUAAACCGUCAGUCUAAUCUUUUGAAUUGUUUGACUUUACGUAAAGAAGGGAAUUUGAUGCUACCAUUUAUUCAACGGUGUCAAACAGCUCAACAAUUAGUCGAUUUUACUUCCAUACCAAGUCAUUGGUUCGAAACACCAGAUUUAUGGAGUAUGGCUGAUUUACAUUCUGUACAUGAUGGAAAAUUAUCAAUAGCUUUACGUGCAUUACUCUUACCAAUAGUAGAGCAUAUAUCAAUAUGUAAACGAUGUUUAGCUUGUGGCUUUAUUUGUGAAAUUUGUAAAUCUGGUCAAGUUCUUUUUCCAUUCGGUCAAGUAAAUACCACAAUAUGUUCCGGUUGUUCAGCUUGUUUUCAUCGUGCAUGUUUACAUUCCCCAAAUCCUAAAACAUGUCCAAGGUGUAUUAGACGUGCAGUUAAACGGGAACAAUUGAUUUGAAAGGACUCUAUUAAUUUUAUUGGUUUAAUUUUUGUAUUCCAGCCUUUUUGCUGAUGCUUGUAUUGUCACAAUUACUACCCAUUUAUCCCCCCUCCACACAUGUACACCGCAUUAUUUCACUCCAUUUUAUCACCUAAAUAUCAAAACAGAAUAAGAAUCAAUCCCUGUGUUUAUCUUGUUGAUCUCAACUAAUUAUUUUUCAUUACUGUAAAUUUAACUCGAAACUUGGUAUAAAAAUCAGUAUUUUAUUUUUGACGACAUACUAUCCAUUUGAACAAAAAAACUGUUUUAUUCUAUGACUAGUAUUUUUAUUAGUCAAAUUUCUGUUGGUCCUCUUUAUUUUCUCUGCUCAGAAGUUUACUAUUAUUAUUAUCAUUAUUACUAUAUUUAUUUUUCUACUACAGUUUAUUACUAUAUGUAAUCCAAACAGUUGAUCCCUAUUCAUUAAUUGAUUGAAACAUCGAAAAAUGGAUAAUGAAUAGGCUGAUUUUUCUUCUACUCUCAUGUCUUUCUAAUCGUUUUGUAAUUUACUUCACACAUGUAAUAUAGUAUAUUAGAUUGCCUUUUAAAAAAUUUGUGCAAACAAUAUAUUAUCGACCCUCUUGAAUAUAAUUCAAGUCUGUGUUGUUCUAUCUCUAUAUGAUUAUUGAUGAAAUGAAACAUUAUUUGUAAGAUGUUAAUUUCAUGAAUUUUGUGUGGAAAUAAUAUAACUUAUUUGCCAACU